AUGGAAGACGACGCAAACAACAAUAAUAGUAAUAAUAAUAGUAGUAUAGAAGACAAUGGAGAAGAUCUAAAAAGAAGUAGAUUAUAUACUAAAACAGGUGAUAAAGGUUAUUCUUCUUUAUUCAACGGUGAAAGAAAACCAAAGGAUGAUGACUUUUUUAAUGCACUUGGUAACAUCGAUGAAUUGAAUGCAUCAUUAGGAGUUGCAUUGGAGUACUGUAUGAUCGAUAAUAAUGGAUUACAAGAUUACAUUGAGAAGAUUCAAUCGUUGAUGCUCGAUGUCGGUGCAUGUUGUGCAACACCAUUGGAUACCUCAAAAGACUCACACAUUCAAAAGACUAAAUUCAGCGAUCAACACGUCAUCGUAUUGGAACGUUGGAUCGACCUCUUGGAUUCUAAACUUCCUCCAUUGAAAAACUUUAUUGUACCUUGUGGUGUAGGACUUGCUAGUUCUCACUUACAUUUAUCUAGAGCCAUUUGCAGAAGAGCAGAGAGAUCGAUCUGUUCACUAUCGAGACAUCAAGUGAUCCCAGAGAAUGUAUCGGUAUUCAUGAAUCGUUUGAGUGAUUUUCUGUUUGCUGCUUGCAGGUACGCCGCUAUGAAGUCUGGUAAAAAUGAAACUCUUUGGAAGAAGAGAGAAUUUAACUAA